AUGAACGCACCACCGCCUCCGCAACAAGGCCCACCACCGCCCACAGCCGAACAACUGGCCAUCACGGAUGCCACAUUCCAACAAGUCCCUCUCUUUCUCAAUUCCACCACGCUAACCCUCUCCACCCCUAGCCCUUCGCUCGAUCUCACCGUCCUCAACGCCCUCAUCCGCUCCCUCCAGGGUCUCCCCCCGAACGUCGCCUUCCCACCCCCGCCCAACGCGAUUGCUCCCCAGCGAUCGAUGGCCAUAGACCAAGCUAGAGAACAAGGCAACACCGCAUAUCGAAACAAAGAUUGGGCGGAAGCAAUCAAGAUGUACACGCUCGCAAUCGACGUUGCUGCCUCCCGGCCCCUAUGGGAAGCAAACCAGGUUGCAAGGGACGAAUUGAGUCUCUGCUUGGCAAAUAGAUCCGCCGCAUUUGCAAGCUGCCAAGAUUGGAUUGGUGCAUUGUGCGAUGCAGAGGCAGUUACCAAGUUGAAGAAGCCGUGGGCAAAAGGACAUUAUAGAAAGGCGAAAGCUUUGGUGGGGUUGCAAAGGUGCAAGGAAGCGAGGGACGCUUUCGAGUUGGGUUUGCAAUUUGAUCCAGAGAAUGCAGAGUUGAAGGCCGCCUUGCAGGAUCUGCCCAGGGAUAAGAAUCAGCUGUAG